GUUUUACCGGGGCCUCCCAGGGCUUCGGCUGGGCAUUGGCCAGGCUCCUGGCCUGGCUGCUGUCGCCAAGUUCCGUGCUGCUCCUAAGCGCUCGCAGUGAUGCGGCACUGCGGCGACUGGAGGAGGAGCUGGAUGCGGAGCGACCCGGCCUGCGCAUGGUACGGAUCGCCGCGGACCUCGGCUCGGAGGCCGCCGUGCAGCAGCUGCUCUGUGCGGUGCGGGAACUGCCCAGGCCCGAGGGGCUGUGGCGCUUGCUGCUUAUCAACAACGUGGGUCCCCUGGACACAGACAUGCAGCAUUUGGCUUGGGAGACUUCCGUGGACCCAGAAUUAAGGAACACACUACAGAAGUUGAAGUCAAAGAGGGAGCUGGGUAGAUUGUGA